GCUCGCCGGUACAAGAAUUGCCCACGAUUUGAAACUUGGUGAUUUUUCUGAGAUAAGUUCAUAUUAUUUGGAGUGUACUCCUAAAAUUUCAAGUUCCGGACGUACAUAGUUUCCGAGUUAUGAUUUUUUUAAAUUUUGUCUUUAUUGUACUAUAUUUUUACAUAUUUUACUGUUUGACAGGUGUUUGACAGUUGUUUGACAUUAUACAUUCCAUUUGAGCCUAUCAUAAUUGAAUUUAAUUCGUAACUUUUGUGUUUAUUUUAGUUAUUUGGAUAGGAAUAUUUAAAUAACAUUGUAUAUUUAUGUUUAACUUUUAUUUAAUUAUAAUUUAACACAAUUUAAAAUUAUAAAAAAAAAUAAAAAAAAUACAGUCCAAACGGAACGUGCGAGGUGACGCGCACGAAGUGACGCCAUUUUGACGUCAGUCAUUGUUCGUGCGCCUUGCAGUGUAGUUGAGAGCGUUUAUCGUGUACUCCUCCUGUUAAGAAGCCCUACGUUGACUACCAUGGCGUCUCCGAAGCCCCCGGUUUCGUGCUCUGCCCCUUCAUCGCCUGAGGAAUCGAGUGUAGUUCAAGUGUUGGACUCAAAUGAGCCACUUGCUUCGAGCUCUUCUUCAGUGCCAUUGUGUGUGCAAGUGAUAGACUCUAGUGAGCCGCUUGUACCCGUGCUACCUGUGGAUCCAGUACCUGGCUGUUCCAGAGCCACUGCAACGGAAGCUAGUGCUGGCGUUUCCCCAGGGGAAACGCCGGGCUCUCCGGCGUUGUCUGAGAACAGUUCGAGUGGUGAGGAUCAACCUUCUGGGUCAUCCGCGCCAAGAAAAAAUUAUUAUGUGGAGGAGAUAAGAUCUCAGUGGAACCAUCACAGGCUCUUUGUAGAAUUGAAUACUCUUGAGCAGUGUCUGCACUUUGCUGAGGAGCGGGGUAUGAUUCUACGGGAGAAACUGUGUAGCCGCCAUCGACAACCUAUGUCUCUUCAUACAUUUGGGGGACAACUUGGUUCCUUCCGUUGCCGCAAGAGCACUUGCAGACAUAAGUCAGUGAGUCGCUCCAAGGGAACGUGGUUUGAGAAUGUACAUCUCCCCAUAAAUAUAGUAUUCCAGAUAAUGUACUUAUUUAGUGUGGGAGCGGACUAUAACGCUGUGCAGCGUGAAACUGCAAGACGAGAAAGAGAUACAGUGUUAUCAACAAAAACAAUAGCCGAUUGGUUCUCAUAUUGUCGGGAGACCAUUGUGGUGUAUGAAUUGGAGCACCAAGAAAGUGGAAGAAAAAUAGGUGGACCUGGAAAAAUUGUCCAGGUAGACGAAAGCAAAUUUGGUAAACGCAAGUAUAACCGAGGCCGCCGCGUUGAAGGACAUUGGGUCCUCGGUAUGAUUGAAAACGGCAGUCAGGAUCUGAGACUGGAAGUGUGUCCUAAUAAUGAGAGAUCUUCUGAAAUACUGGUGCCACUUAUACAGAAACAUGUUGAGGAGGGCACAGAAAUCCAUACAGACUUCUGGAGAGCUUAUGAUUGCCUUCCUCAAUAUGGAUACAUUCAUAAAAAGUGUAAUCACAGUGACCCAGAACACAGAUUUGUGGCACCAGAUGGGACACACACCCAGAGGAUUGAGAGCCAGUGGAGAAAUUUAAAACGAAUGUUCGCCAAGGACCAAUACAAAGGAAAUUUCACCGACUGGCUCAUAGAGUACAAUUGGAGGAAAAAAAUUAUAGCUAAACAUAAGGAUCCCUUCGAGGAAUUACUGACUGCUGUAAACUAUGUAUACAAAUAAAUAUAUUAUUAUUA